UGUCACGCAGUCGCGUUCGCGCGGUGUAGGUGGUGCUAGAGGCCGCCUAGGGGGUUGUAGGGUGACGGCGCUGCCGCCAUUUUGUAGGGUGUUUGUCGCAGCGGCUGGAGAGGAACGACGGCGGUUUGGCGACGUUUUUCGGCCAAAGGGCCUUUUGCUUUCGCAGAGAUGCGACAUUCCAAACGAACACACUGCCCUGAUUGGGAUAGCAGAGAAAGCUGGGGUCAUGAAAGCUACAGUGGAAGUCACAAACGGAAGAGGAGAUCUCACAGUAGUACACAAGAGAACAGGCAUUGUAAACCGCAUCACCAGUUUAAAGAAUCUGAUUGUGCUCCAUGUGCAUCCCUCUUGAAGCUUCGCACUCUGUUGAAGAGGACACUCAUCCCAGUCAUUAUUUAGAAGCAAGGUCCUUGAAUGAGAGAGAUUAUCGGGACCGGAGAUACGUUGAUGAAUACAGAAAUGACUACUGUGAAGGAUAUAUUCCUAGACAUUAUCACAGAGACAUUGAAAGCGCUUAUCGAAUCCACUGCAGUAAAUCCUCAGUCCGAAGCAGGAGAAGCAGUCCUAAAAGGAAGCGUAAUAGACACUGUUCAAGUCAUCAGUCACGUUCGGUAUGAUUGAUUUUGUUUUUAUUUUGAGUGGAUUCUUAAUUGUGUGUAAAAGCUCUUAAGGAGCUGAUAAGUUUCUAAAAGUUUCUUUAUAUUAAUGUAAUGCUAUUUGGAUAUAAUUAUUAUAUUACUUGAAUCCUAAAAGGAAACGUCCACAUUCUCAUAGCUGAUCUGUAUAUUUAUUAGCUAGCCCUCACUUCCCCACGUUUACUCAUUCUACAGACCAGAUCAUGAGUUUGUUGAUUUUAAUUAUAGAAAUUAUUUCAUUUUUGUGUUUGUAUAAUCUUAAGAAAAUAAAUGCACCCAUUUGUUCUUUCAAUUGAAAUAUUAUUUUACUUUGAAAGAAACCUCUUUCCUAAUAUUUAAAAACAAAAUGGAAAGUUGCACUGAUACUUAAAUGUUGUUAACCUGUGUAUAGCAUAAUCCUUAAUACAUUAUGCAUCAUUGUCUAACUACAUCUAUUGAAAUUGUGAAUAUGGGUGCUGAAUGGGAAACAUAUUUUUAAAAAGCCAGAUUUUUUUUUAAAUGGACAUCUUCAUUGUUUUAAUCUGUAAACUGAAUUGCAGUUUUUCUCCCCCAACCUUUCUUUGAUAGAAUUAGCUGUUAUUGGAUUGAACAUUGAAAUUAACUAGCCUUUGUUUUCCCCUUUGAUUUUAAUCAUGUAUAUUUCAGAAUAUUGCUAAAUAAGACAGUUACAACAAUCUUGACAUUUUAAAACAUUUUUCUGACAAACUAGACAUCUCAACUCACAGCAUAUGCUAGUUAUAGCAAGAGAUUAGUAAAUCAUGACAUUGCAUUCUUUAAAUUUCAGACUUCAAUUAAAUCAGUAUUUUAAAGAGACAAUUGUGUUGUUUUUCUAUUGCCACUUUAAGUAUCUUAUCUGAAAAUCUGUUCCUUGCCAUGUUUUUCUUCUGUAACAUAAACUGUGCCCUGUGAAUUUCUGGGGACUGAAUUUGAAAUUGCUCCUGCCAACUGUUCGUGGCCUGGUGCUUAUCUGAAUGCCUGAAUAUCUCCCCGCUGAAUGAAUUGCGUAUUCUGCCCUGAAUUCACUCUGAUAUAUUGAUUGGCUGGACGAUCUUGGUGCUGCCCACUUGCCGUUCCAGAAGAGCCACCGAAGGAAAAGAUCCAGGAGUAUAGAGGAUGAUGAGGAGGGUCACCUGAUCUGUCAAAGUGGAGACGUUCUAAGAGCAAGAUAUGAAAUCGUGGACACUUUGGGUGAAGGGGCCUUUGGCAAAGUUGUAGAAUGCAUUGACCAUGGCAUGGAUGGCUUACAUGUAGCAGUGAAAAUCGUAAAAAAUGUAGGCCGUUACCGUGAAGCAGCUCGUUCAGAAAUCCAAGUAUUGGAGCAUUUAAAUAGUACAGAUCCUAAUAGUGUCUUCCGAUGUGUCCAGAUGCUAGAAUGGUUUGAUCAUCAUGGUCAUGUUUGUAUUGUGUUUGAACUGCUGGGACUUAGUACCUAUGAUUUCAUUAAAGAAAACAGCUUUCUGCCAUUUCAGAUUGAUCACAUCAGGCAGAUGGCGUAUCAGAUCUGCCAAUCAAUAAAUUUUUUGCAUCAUAAUAAAUUAACACAUACAGAUCUGAAACCUGAAAAUAUUUUAUUUGUGAAGUCUGACUAUGUAGUCAAAUAUAAUUCUAAAAUGAAACGUGAUGAACGCACACUAAAAAACACAGAUAUUAAAGUUGUUGACUUUGGAAGUGCAACAUAUGAUGAUGAACAUCACAGUACUUUGGUGUCCACACGGCACUACAGAGCUCCAGAGGUCAUUUUGGCUUUAGGUUGGUCUCAGCCUUGUGAUGUUUGGAGUAUAGGUUGCAUUCUUAUUGAAUAUUACCUUGGGUUCACAGUCUUUCAGACUCAUGAUAGUAAAGAACAUCUGGCCAUGAUGGAACGAAUAUUAGGACCCAUACCAGCACACAUGAUUCAGAAAACAAGGAAACGGAAGUAUUUUCACCAUAACCAGCUAGAUUGGGAUGAACAUAGUUCUGCUGGUAGAUAUGUUAGGAGACGCUGCAAACCAUUAAAGGAAUUUAUGCUCAGUCAUGAUGAAGAACAUGAGAAGCUUUUUGACCUUGUUCGAAGAAUGUUAGAAUAUGAUCCAACUAAAAGAAUCACCUUGGACGAAGCAUUGCAGCAUCCUUUCUUUGACUUAUUAAAAAAGAAAUGAAAUGGAAAUCAGUGGUCUUACUAUAUACUUCUCUAGAAGAGAUUACUUUAAGACUGUGUCAGUCAACUAAACAUUCUAAUAUUUUUGUAAACAUUAAAUUAUUUUGUACAGUCAAGUGUAUAUACUGUAUGUUUUGUAUCUAUAGCAGAUUUACCUUGUUAAGCAGUAUGGUCUUGAUAAUGAAUGAAAUAUAAAAGUUGAAAUUAAUUUUCCUUUUUGAGAUUAAUUACCAUUUUUAAAGGCCUUUGGAAUUACCUUUGUGUCCAGUGAUAAAGUGAUUGGUCUUGUCUUUUGUACAUGAAGUUUGACUCUGAAGUGAUUUUUUUUUUUUUAAGUAAAAGGAAAUCUUGAUUACUUUAUUCUUAAGUGAAUUUUAUUUAUAUACCUCAAAUUUAAAAAUUUUCAGUUUUUUCCUGGAAUAAUUGUACAGGUAAUCAUUAUUACUAACUUAGGUAGGCCUAAAUAUUGGAAACCAAAACUCAUAGAAAAUAUUUACUAUUAGUUUUAUUAAAUGUAGGUUUUGUAUCAUUUUAUUGGAUCAGUGGGGGCAAGUAGGCAUUCAUGGAAAGUCAUUCAGUUUGUCCAUUGUGAUAGGUUGUUUAAUAAAACACCAAGUACAUACUUCAUUGAAAAUUAAAGUCUAAUUGGAAAGUCAGCUUGGAAAAUCAUACUUUUCCAAUAACUCUUUGGUGAGUCACAGACAUAAAAAUAGGACUUCUGAUGCCUGAGAUUUUUCGUUUUGAGGGAUAUUUUUGGUGAUGCUGAGGAUGGAACCCUGGGCUUCAUGCAUUGCUAGGCAAGCGAGGUUUUAGUUUUUAAUGCAAAGUCCUGGAGGAGUCUUGAAAUUAUUACAUUUCCUUAUCAAAUUAAGUAAAUACCUAAACCUAAGCCUACAAGAAUUAAGGCUAUUUUAAGCAGUGUGUGCUUGUGUGUUAAUCCUUACUGGGAAAAACAAAAAAGAGUUUUAUUAGAAAAAACUUGGGGAAGAGAGCUCUACAGAACUUAAUUGUUUAAUGGAGUUUUUGCUUAUAGAUAUUUUUCUUACUGUGCCUGUUUUCACAUAAAAACUAAAUGUUACUUAAUGUAGUAAAUGAAAAAAGGCUUUUUGUUCAAUCUGCCAGGUUGAAAUAUUUAUCAUUAUAGAAUUCAUAAUUGGUUAUUAUGGUACUGGUUGUUUUGUUGAACGUAUCCUCAUUUCAUAAGUGCAUUACAGACAGAUUUGAAUUACAUCUGUAUAUUUUAAACAGAAAA